AUGAAGCUUGUGAGGCGACAUUGCAACGGAAAUGUCAUAGAAGCCCAUGAUGUUGCCAGGGAUGAGAUGUAUUUUGGGGCUUUUACGAAUCUGGAUGGUCGGUUGGAUCUGCUCAGCAAUGCGGAGCGAGAUGAGUUGGGUCCUUUUGUUCAGCAGAAGAUGGAGCAGGAGAAGGAGCAAAAGCUAGAUAGACGUGCAUAG